UAUCUUGUUUUGCAGAAAUGACAAUAGAAAUUUAACAGCAAGAGUUUAAAAAAAAGAAUAAUUAUGGAUCGUGAAGACGAACUUCUAAGAUCCCAAUAUCAAACUCUUAAGGAUUUAGGAUUAUUCAAUGAACCAAUAGAGCGAUAUGUUAGUAGGAACGAAGAUGAUGGGUACUUAUGUGAUACACAGCAAGAUAGUAAGCCUAAUCAAGUCGACUAUCAGGGAAGCCCAAAACGGUACGAUUCAGAGGAAUACCUCUGUGACACACAGGACAAUGCUAGGGCUUUCUAUCACUCUCCACCCCGUUCUCCAGUUAAUGAUUUCCGGUUUAAAUCUCAGCAAUCAGAUGAUGAUAAUGGUUAUACGUCACCAGACAACGAUUCUGAUAAUGACGAUGACCUACGACCACAUAGUCCAAAUCAUGCGUAUGAUUCUGACGAAAGGACUUCAUCUUUGACCCAUGCCAGACACUUUCCUCAAUCAUACACCUCACCAGAAUGCUCCCCGUUACAACCGCGGAGAAAUUCAAAAGCCACUUCAUCAUCAGUGAUUAAUGAUGACUUGGAUGAAGAGGACCUGUACAGUCCUAGUGCCGACAAUGAUCCAGCGUUUGAUGCUAAACUGAUUCACAGGGCUGUUGGUCUGGACCCUUUUCCAGUUGGAAAGACUGGUCUACCAAUUAACUGGACCGAGUCAGCUUUAGCUUUCCAUAAAGUAGUUGAACUCCAUGCUGGCAAUCUAGAAUUCAAUCAAAUAUAUUCCACUAUUGAUGAUGCUGGUAUUACUGUAGAGAAUAUCGAACGAAUUGAAAACAAAUCCCUUCUUGAUAAGUUUCUAUUGGAAAUCGAUCAUAUGAAAAAAAGAAGAAAGUGUUCUGACGAAGAUUUGAACAUCGUGUACUUGUUUCAUGGUACUUGUGCAAAAAAGGAAGUCCUUACCGAGGAAGGCCUAGAUCAAAGGCUGGCCCGCCCGGGACAUUUUGGAAGGGGGAUUUAUUUCAGUGAUAACCCUCGGAAAUGUAUGGAAUAUAUAAUGCGCAAGAAGAAAGAAGGUCAAUCCGGUUAUAUAAUCAUGUGUCGUGUUUUACUUGGUCAUGUAAAGAUAUAUGAUGAUGGCAAACAAGAUAAAACUUUACUGCGGGAGCCAGAAAUAGAGCAGAGCAAACAACGAUAUGACUCUGUCAAGGGGCGUGUUUCUGCCUACGCAGAAUAUGUUACAUACACAAACUCACGAGCUCUCCCAGAAUACUUCAUCACAGUUGAAACAAAUUCAGAUACAUACAAAAGCAACCGGUCUACUGUUAAGGAAACCAGACCAAAGAAACCCCCAGAGACACUGACUAUGCCUAAGCCCACGUCUACAUCAUCUAAAGAACCACCAACGAAAGUGAAACCUAAACCUAAACCAAAGACUGCAUUAGCAGCUACUGCUGCAGUAAGUAGCCCAACCGAUACUAAACGUAUGUCUCCUUGCCUAAACCAAACCAUAACCACUGAAGGACAGGUUAGACCUACAACAACAAGCAGUGACAUGCAUGCGAAAAGCAAGUCCACUGAUAUGCCCCUAACAUGGGGUAAAAUUACUGACGACGAAUUUGAAAACAAAAUCGCAAAACUUCGUGCAACUUUGCGGAAGAAGAAAAUGGGAAAUGCUUCCCCAAAAGCAGGUGAUUUUACACCAUGAAACACAUUUUAGUCAGUAAGGUAUCCA